AUGGAGGCUGUUGGCGUCAAGGCGAUUGGUCUCUGCGGAUUCUUCAUCUUCAUAUCUAUCUAUCUAUCUAUCUAUCUAUUUGGUCUGUUUAUAUCUAUCUAUCUAUCUAUCUAUCUUGAUUAUUUAUCUAAAUCUAUUUUGUCUGCACAUAUCUAUUGUUUUAUCAUUCUGUCCCUGUCUAUUUAUCUAAAUCUUUUUCCCACUAAUCUGAACUUCUAUCUUUCCUUAUCUAAUUUUGCGGGUUCCCUUCGGCUAAUCUCUCAAAAGACCGGGUGCCAUUUUCAUUUCACCCACGGAAACGAAACAAGGCCAAUCCCCAUUUUUGAAGCCGGCGUCCGUGUGGACAAAGACUUUCCAGGUUCUUUCUGUUGUCCGCAACGGGUUUUUUUUCCCCGGACAAAUUUGCCCUUUCCUUCUUUGUUUUUUCGACAGGAAGGCGUCCGCAGUAAGAUGCUAUUCUUUCUUUCAUUCUUCCUUUUUCAUAGGCCGAGAAGGAAUAUCUAUCUAUCUAUCUAUCUAUCUAUCUAUCUAUCUAUCACGAUACGGUUAGUUAAUAUCUAUCUAUCUAUCUAUCACGGUCUGUUAAUAUCUAUCUAUCUAUCUAUCUAUCUAUCUAUCUAUCACGGUCUGUUAAUAUCUAUCUAUCUAUCUAUCUAUCUAUCUAUCUAUCUAUCUUUUUAUCACGGUCUGUUAAUAUCUAUCUAUCUAUCUAUCUAUCUAUCUAUCUAUCUAUAUAUCUAUCCUUUUAUCACGGUCUGUUAA